CACUGCCGCCGCUCGCUCGCCGCAGUCCCCAUCCCCCUGCCGCGGUGCCGCCGCCGGUCUGCUAAUCAUGCUGCCGUCUCUAUAUGCAUCCCGGCCCCUCGUAUUCCUUCCACUCCCAACCCGUCCCAGGCGGCCAUAGUACGCGGUGCCGGCCAGUCAUCGCGCCGACGUAGCCAUCCUCCGCUAGUUCCACCCCACCGCGCUCGCCGUCCGCGUUCGUACCACCCAACCACUCGAGAUGAAUGGUUGACUAUGGGAUGAGGUACCAAGUGCCAACUCCCCGGCCCUCACCGCCACUACCCCAUCGACGCUCCACCUGACGGUAACCGGUUCCAUACACGUCUCUCUUUUGUACUAUAUUGUCAACCCAGUAGUCGCUUACGGCCAGUCGGCAACGAUGGUGAAAUCUUGAUAAUUCUGCACCUUCCUGUGUAAGCUUGUUUGGUUACCCUGCAAUGUCCGAGUUCAAGGACUACCUAGUACCUACCAACAGCAUUUAUGCUGACGACGACUGCGAGUCGCAAGUCGCGAGAGCUUAGUCCCCUCUGUGUAUUUGAUGCAGUGAACACAGCCAAGACUUGGACCAUCAGGCUGAAAUUAUGUCGGGCGAACUGGUCAUGCUGCUGUGGCUAGCACAAAAGUGGGAGCGGUGUUUCGUCUCCAAGCAGAACAUCCAGACUCCAGAGCAUUUCCAUAGACCACUCGUCACAAGCAUAUGUGGAAAAUAGGCAGGACUCUCCUCCCCUGUUUCAUCCUCCUAUUAUCGAUUUGUUUCUGCAAAUCCGAUGACCGCCUAAUGCCUACGAAGCCACUCUUGCCUGGGGACAAGCUCGUCUCAAACAAUGGCAUCUUCGGUCUUGGUUUCUUCUCCCUGGAGAACUCCACCGCAAACUCAUAUUUAGGCAUAUGGUACCACAACAUCCCGGAGCGGACAUAUGUCUGGGUGGCCAACCGCGACAACCCAAUCAGCAGCAGUUUGUCCGGUAAGUUGGUUCUGACCAAUAGCUCCGACCUUGUCCUGUCAGAUUCUAGAGGCCGUAUCCUCUGGAUGACGGCGAACAAUGUCACCACCGGGGGUGAUGGAGCUGUGGCACUGCUGCUCGACACAGGAAACUUUAUCCUCCAGUCAAGGAAUUUCAUGCAGAUAUGGCAGAGUUUUGAUCACCCGACGGACACCAUCCUCCCCGGUUUCAAGGUUUGGGCAAACUACAAGACCCACACAGCAGUGCGCCUUGUUGCUUGGAAGGAUUCUCAAGAUCCGUCCACUGGGAAAUUCUUCCUCAAUCGUGACCCUAGCACGGCCCUCGAGAUCCUCAUAUGGCGUGAGACAAGCCUGUACUGGCGCAGCGGACUGUGGAACGGUGCCACAGCCUGGAACAACAAUGGAUACAUGUGGUCCCAGAUCGUCGACGAUGGGGAGGAGAUCUACUCAACGUACAUCACAGGCAAUGAAUCACGGAGAUCGCACUGGAAGCUGGACUACACGGGCGACUUGAUGCUCAGGAGAUGGAUUAACCAGUCGUGGGAGGUUUUGUUCAAACGCCCAGGUGAUGGCUGCCGAAACUACGGCUCAUGUGGUCCAUUUGGUUACUGCGAUAGCACGGUGUCCAGCGGGGAAUGCAGGUGCCUCGACGGGUUUGAGCUGGCAGAUGGCUUCAGUGCCAACUUCUCCAGAGGAUGCAUGAGAAAGCAGGCGCUUAGAUGCCACGACGACCACUUCUUGCCCUUGGCAGGGAUGAAGGUGCCUGGGAAAUUUGUGUAUGUCCGGAACAAAAGCUUCAAGGAGUGCACUGCUGAGUGUUACCGCAACUGCUCGUGCACCGCUUAUGCUUAUGCCAACUUGAGCAGUACCCUCGCAACAGGUGGUCCAUCAAGAUGCUUGGUCUGGAUAGGGGAGCUUGUUGACUCAGAAAAGUCCGGCGCACUUGGUGGCAACCUGUACCUUCGGCUGGCUGGCUCACCUGGGCACAGUUCUGCAGUAAACAAGAGGAAGAGCGGUGUGGGUGUUGUACUAAAGAUUUUACUCCCAGUUAUAUCAUUCCUGCUGAUACUCACAUGCAUAUAUUUUGUCCUUGUAUGCAAGCCAACAGGGAUACAAGUAAACAAGAAAAGACCGGGCCAGGGACAGUUGAGCACUUCCCAAGAAGUUUGGGAUGAAAAUUUGGAAUUCCGGUCUAUUAUGCUUGAAGACAUCUCCACUGCAACAAACAAUUUCCAUGACAGAAACAUACUUGGAAAAGGAGGUUUUGGAAAAGUCUAUAAGGGAACACUGGAAAAGGGAAAGGAAGUUGCUGUUAAAAGGCUUAGCCAGGGUUCUGAGCAGGGGAUAGAGCAUUUUAGAAAUGAAGUGGUUCUUAUAGCCAAGUUGCAGCACAAGAAUCUAGUUAGACUUCUUGGCUGCUGUAUACAUGAGGAUGAAAAGCUUCUUAUUUAUGAAUACUUGCCCAACAAAAGCCUAGACAAGUUUAUUUUUGAUAUUGCAAGAAAGUCUAUGCUUGAUUGGCCAAGAAGGUUCAACAUAAUCAAAGGUGUAGCAAGAGGACUUCUAUAUCUCCACCAAGAUUCGAGGACGAUGAUAAUCCAUAGGGACCUCAAACCAAGCAACAUCCUGUUAGAUGCAGAGAUGAACCCAAAAAUAUCAGAUUUUGGAAUGGCGAGGAUCUUUGGAGGUAACGAGCAACAAGAAAGUACCAAACGAGUUGUUGGGACAUACGGUUACAUGUCACCUGAAUAUGCGAUGGAGGGCAUCUUUUCAGUGAAGUCUGACACAUACAGCUUUGGUAUUUUGCUACUGGAGAUUGUGAGUGGAUUAAAGAUCAGCUCACCACAUCAUCUCGUGAUGGACUUCUCAAACCUCAUAUCUUGUGCAUGGAACUUGUGGGCAGAUGGAAAAGCAACGGACUUCAUGGACGCGACUAUCAGGGAAGGAUAUCCCCCCAAUGAAGUGUCAAAGUGCAUCCACAUUGGACUACUGUGUGUGCAGGACAGCUCCAAUGCUAGGCCACAUAUGUCAUCGGUUGUGUCCAUGCUGGACAGUGAAGCCAUGCCAUGCGCCAUUCCAAAGCAGCCUAUGUAUUUUGCACAGAUAAAUCAUGAAACCGGGGAUGCGAGAAUAGACCUAGAAAAUUCCGUUAAUGGUGUGAGCCUUACGGUGCUAGAAGGGCGCUAGCUGGCUGUCCUAGAAUCUCACUUCGAUAGUCGAGUAAUUGCAUAAAUUUGCUACCAAUUUAGCGAGGUUAUUGAUGUUGAAAUAAUGUAAGCUACAUCCUAUGGGAUAAAUAGAACGUUUGUGUUCUUCCUUGGCUCAAAA